AAUGACAUUACAAGUAUGGCUGACAAAAAUAAGUAUUCGGUUCUUCUUCCUACUUACGAAGAACGUAACAAUUUACCAUUAAUCGUCUGGCUUCUGGUAAAAUAUUUUUCUGAAAGUGGAUAUGAUUAUGAAAUUAUUAUUAUUGAUGAUGGUAGUCCUGAUGGGACUCUAGAUGUUGCCAAAGAAUUACAGAGAAUUUAUGGAGACAAAAAAAUUAUUUUAAGGCCUAGAGAAAAAAAGCUCGGUUUAGGAACAGCAUACAUCCAUGGUAUUAAAAAUGCAACAGGAAACUUCAUUAUCAUUCUUGAUGCUGACUUGUCUCAUCAUCCAAAAUUUAUUCCAGAAUUUAUAAAGAAACAGGCAGAGAAAGAUUAUGAUGUGGUAACAGGGACUCGUUAUGUAGGAAGUGGUGGUGUUUUUGGCUGGGAUCUGAAAAGGAAACUAAUUAGUCGAGGUGCCAACCUGGUGACACAAAUAUUACUCCGACCUGGCGUGACAGAUUUGACAGGAAGUUUUCGCCUGUACAAAAAAGCAGUUCUGGAAAAACUGAUCCAGUCAUGCGUGUCCAAAGGCUAUGUGUUUCAGAUGGAGAUGAUCAUCAGAGCAAGGCAGUAUGGCUUCUCAGUUGCUGAGGUACCGAUAACAUUUGUUGACAGGGUGUAUGGUGAAUCUAAACUUGGAGGCAAUGAAAUUAUUGGCUUUCUGAAAGGAAUCCUAUAUUUAUUUGCAACAACUUGAUCUUUGCCCUGCUCUUAAGAUGUGUUGAAAUGUGUUAAAACAAACAAAACAACUAAAGCACUCAUUAAACACGUUACAAAAACAUUA